AUUGUUUCCUUCCUCGAGAUGCUUUGUAUUAAAUUCCCCGACUCCUGCCGCAGAAACCGCAGUCCUUGACGCGGUCAGCUUCUUCUGCAAUAGCCAGGCUGUCUUCUUCUUCUUCUUCUUCUUCUGCCUUUCACGGCUUUUUCACUUCUAUUUCUUACGAAGCGUUGCAGCCUGGCUCCUCUUUUUAUUCAGCAUCCCUCAGUUGCCCGCCACACUUUCUGACGAGAGCUACCCCGCCGCCACCGACUCAGGUUUCCCACGAUAGCUCUCUCGACCUGAAACGACCAACUAACCACGACCGAAUUUCGCAGCGAUAGUACAGAUACGACUCGAGGAAAAAUACAGAUACAUACACGAUGAUUUCUGGCAGAGGUGGAGGGGGUACGGCCAUGCGGGCCGGUCGCAUUCGGCCCCCGCGCCGCCCUGGACGAUUGACAUCCGGCAUUGACACGAGCGAUUUCGAGCAGUGCUGGGAUACACUGAAGCAAGCCCUGACCGACAUUCACAACCAAAACUGCAGCACACUCUCAUUCGAGCAGCUCUACCGAGCAUCUUACAAGAUAGUCCUGAAGAAAAAGGGCGAGAUGCUCUACGACCGCGUCAAGCAAUUCGAAGAGCAGUACUUUUCCGAACACGUCAUUCCCGAUAUCGAAAAGCUGGUCACGGCCAACCUCGUUAGUGCUGCAAUGGGCGGUGCGGCUACUUCGGUCAACGAACGACGCAAGAUGGGCGAGCACUUCCUGAGCGGUGUCAGAAAAUCAUGGGAACAUCACAACACGUCAAUGAACAUGACGGCUGAUAUCUUGAUGUACCUCGACCGCGGCUACACACAGGACGCUCGUCGGCCGUCCAUCUACACCGCCACGAUUGGCCUGUUCCGCGACCAUAUUCUACGAGCGUCACUGAACUCAGGAGGUCAAUAUACCGUAUUCGAUAUCCUCAACUCGGUCAUCCUCGAUCACGUCAACAUGGAGCGUGAUGGGGACACCAUCGAUCGGCAUUUGUUGCGCAACAUUAUAAGGAUGCUCGAUUCUCUCUACGAGUCGGACGAGGAGCAAGAAGCAGAGAAGUUGUACCUGACGGUAUUUGAGCCCGCUUACCUUGACUCCGAACGAACGUACUACAAGCGCGAGUGUGAGCGCUUGCUUCGGGAGGCUGACGCCGGCGCCUGGCUGCGGCACACUCAGCGCCGACUACAAGAAGAAAACGAUCGAUGCGACACUACUAUCCAUUAUGAGACGAGAGAGAGAUCCAUCAAGGUCGUUGAGGAAGAGUUGAUAUCGGCGCAUCUGGACGACUUUUUGAACCUUGAAGGAAGUGGGCUCAAGUCCAUGGUCAAUUAUGAUCGUGAGGAGGAGCUCACAAUUCUCUACCAAUUGGUAUCAAGGGUCGAUGUCAAAAAGGCGUCGCUCAAAAAGAUUUUGUCCACACGGGUGGUUGAAUUGGGACUCGAGAUUGAGCAAAUGCUCAAGGAGACGAAUUUCUCUGCAGCGUCUGCGCCAGCCGAUGGAGAAGAAAAUGAGGGCGGGGAGAAGGCCAAGGCGCUGAGCUCAUCGGCUCAGCAGACGGCCGCGGCGAUCAAGUGGGUUGACGACGUGCUCAAGCUCAAGGACAAGUUCGACAAUCUGUGGAAAAAGUGCUUCCAAGAGGAUUUGAUUAUCCAAACCUCGCUCACAAAGAGCUUUUCCGAUUUUAUCAACAUGUUUACCAAGAGCUCCGAAUACGUAUCGCUCUUCAUUGACGAUAACCUUCGACGCGGCAUUCGCGGCAAGACUGAGACCGAAACCGAGGCGGUGUUGGAGAAGGCCAUUACUGUGAUCCGGUAUCUCUCAGACAAGGAUCUCUUCGAGCGCUACUACCAGAAGCACCUGGCCAAGCGUCUUCUCAACAAUAAAUCGGAAAGUCAUGAUGUUGAAAAGUCAAUGAUUUCUCGAAUGAAGCAAGAGUUGGGCAACCAAUUCACGGCCAAGUUCGAGGGAAUGUUCAGAGACAUGGAAUCGUCUGCCGAGCUGACUUCAGGCUAUCGCGACCAUAUUAGGGGACUGGGCGAUGUGUCUCGCAAGCAGAUCGAGCUGGCUGUUAACAUUUUGACCACCAACUCAUGGCCUCCCGAGAUCAUGGGUCGCACGUCACAGUUUUCUGAAAGCGGUGGCUGCAUCUUCCCCGACGAUAUCAAGCGCCUUCAAGAGAGCUUACUCAAAUACUACCUCACCAACCGUAGCGGCCGCAAGCUGACUUGGCUCGGGUCCACCGGUAGCGCGGACGUUCGGUGCACUUUCCCCGCGAUUCCAGGAGGCAAGGGACCCCUGGCGCGAGAGCGAAAGUAUGAGAUCAACGUGCCGACGUAUGGCAUGGUGGUGCUGUUGCUAUUCAACGAGCUCGAGGAGGGCGAAGAGCUUUCGCUUGAGGAAAUCCAAGCCAAGACCAAUAUCCCGAUGUCAGAUCUUGCGAGAACUCUAACUUCUUUGUCCAUCGUUCCCAAGGCCAGAGUGCUCGCCAAGGAACCCGCAACCAAGGGCAUCAAGGCCGGCGACAAGUUCAAGUUCAACGCCUCUUUCGUCAGCAAGACUGUCCGCAUCAAGGCACCCAUCAUCAAUGCUACCAGCAAGGUCGAGGGCGACGACGAACGGAAGGCAACCGAAGAGAAGAACAACCAGACUCGAGCCCACGUUAUCGAUGCCGCCCUUGUCCGCAUCAUGAAGCAACGCAAGGAGCUUGGCCACUCGCAGCUCAUUACAGAGGUCAUUGAUCAACUUAGCGGUCGCUUCAAGCCCGAGAUUAGUCUUAUCAAAAAGCGAAUCGAGGAUUUGAUUGUGCGAGAGUAUCUCGAGCGUGUAGAGGAUGCCUCGACGCCGACGUAUCGCUACCUCGCUUAACAAGAUGAAAGCCCUCCACCGGCCGCCUGUGGUGCGGUACAAGACGAUGGACACGAUUUUCAUGAAACAAUGAUGUUAGAAGGGCAUUUAUGGCUGCAUAGGGAGGGUUUAAGGGGUUUCUUAAAAAUCAGGCAUGGCGUUUCCAGGUGGCUCGCUUGAGAAAUAUGCACAUUAUUCGUCCGGAACACGGAUUUGUUCCGGACGAAUUUAGGGACGGGAGAGAGGUAUUCCCUAUGUGGUGAUUCUGGGAUACCGGGGAUUUCGGCCUUUGGGUUGUCCAGACGAACUCGGUUUCGUUGACGCCACUCUUCAUUGAAGGCAAUUGAGUUUUCAGGUCACUUGACUCCCCGAUGCCUACUCCAAGGGGAUUUGAUCUGGAAUCGAAUGUACAUAUUUUGCUUCCUUUGCAUGUACAGAAUUCUAGGGUUACUUAACAUGAAUGGUCA